UGUCAUUGGAAUUGGACUAGGUUAUGUUUUGUUUGAAGAAGUGAAGUGCUCUAACGCUUUAAGUUAAUAGUUAAAAUUAAUAUUUCUUCAUUAAUAGUAUACACUAAUCUAAAUAAUAUUAAACUAAAUUCUUGCUAUUUUGUCCAUACAUAAUAAUCAUGUCUGUGCAAAACAAUUAAGUUUUACUCUAAUAUGGCUUGUGACAGAGAAAUUUUAAGAGAAAUUUGGGAAGGGAAGCUUCCAAUAUGUUUUCAAUUAAAUCCAGAAGAAGCAAAUAAGCUGCAACCACCAGAACCAUUUUAUUUGAUGGUCCCCAGAUUAAGUUACUUUCCUCUUGUAACAGAUAAGGUCCGAAAAUACUACCAAAAAUAUAUUGAUGAGGAAAAACAAGAUAAUGAAAUGUGGCUUGACUUCAACGGAAUACCACUGAAAUGGCAUUACCCAAUAGGAGUGCUGUUUGAUCUUAACAAGACGGACAUUCAACUUCCAUGGAACAUCACUGUACAUUUUGACAAGUUUCCAGAGGAUGAACUCAUUCAUUGUCAAACAAGGGAGGCCGUUGAAUCUCACUUUAUGAACUGCAUCAAAGAAGCUGAUGUGUUGAAGCAUCGGACACAGCUAGUCUCAAGUAUGCAACAGAAAGAUCACAAGCAGCUCUGGUUGGGUCUUCAAAAUGACAAGUUCGAUCAGUUUUGGGCAGUGAACCGAAAGCUGAUGGAGCUCAGUUCGGGAGAAGAGGCAUUUAAAUACAUUCCGUUCCGGUGUUACCACCUGAGCAAGGACAAUUGCAUGGUACAGCGACUGGUCAAGCCUUUGACUGAGCAAGGCCACAGGAAGACACUACGAGGUCUCGUCCAGGAGCUGUUCCCAGAAGAAGAAAAAACAGUUCACGUGAUGACUCAUGGCGUAGAGCCACCAUGGGACACCCCACUCCAGUGGAUGAGCGAACAUCUCAGUUAUCCGGACAACUUUUUGCAUCUCUGCGUUGGCUACUCGUAACUCAAGUACUGUUAUCCUCUCUACGCACUUUUUCCUUCGUGUAUUUAUAUUGUAUAUUGUUUAAUGUUUUGUAUAAAAUAAGUAAAGUGUUAUGCUUUUAAA